AUGGCGGAAAACAAUGCUUUUAGAGGCCGACCCACAGAGGAUCCUAACAAGCAUCUCACUAAAUUCAUCCAGAUCUGCAACACGACGAAGAUAAAUAGAGUCACAGAUGAACAGAUCAGAUUAAGGGUGUUCCCUUUUUCUCUGGAGGAUGAUGCCAAGGAUUGGCUGGACAGUAUGGAGCCCAACUCCAUUCACACGUGGGAGGCCAUGGUUGAGAAGUUCUUAGAAAAAUACUACCCACCGAGUGAGGCAUUGAAGAGGCAGUCAGAAAUCAUUUCGUUUGAGAUGACUCUCCAAGAGAGUAUCCGAGGAGCUUGGGAAAGAUUCAAGGGGCUGAUGAAGAGGUGCCCCAAUCAUGGGCUGAAUCCGACGCAUCAAGUCCUAGCAUUCUAUAGGGGGUGUCUGCCUGAAGCAAAGCGCGAACUGAACUUGAGCGCAGGGGGGUCAUUGCUAAAGAAGGGAGAAGCAGAGGCCAUGGAGGUGAUUGAGAGAGUGACCUCUAAUGAUGAAGGCUGGAACAACGAGAGGAGCAACAUACACAGAGAGCAGAAAGAGGGUGUAGAGGAUGUUAGCUACAUACACCAAGGGGGCAAUAGAUACUAUAACAACUCCCGCCCCAAUCAAGGGGGUGGAGGUUACAAUCAUUUUGGGAACAAGGCGCAUCCUAACCUAUCAUAUGGGAACCCCAACAAUGCCCUUCAACCACCACAGGGGUUCACAGUUUCUCAAGGAAUGAUCACUGAGCCGCAGAAGAAAAGUUCAGAGGACCUAUUGAAUGCAUUCAUGAUUCAGUCACACAAGAACAUGGAGCAUACCAAUCAAAGGCUAGAGAAAGUUGAGAAUAAUAUGCAUGGCAUGGCAGGACAUAUGAAGAGCCUGGAGACGCAGAUGAGUCAGAUUGCCCAAGCCGUGGGACAAUUACAUCAAUCGGGGCAAUUCCCAAGCACUACAGUUCCAAAUCCAAAAGACUGCAAGGCAAUCUACUUAAGGAGUGGGACAAGCUAUAAGAGUCCUCCUAUGCCCGAGGUGGAAGCUAAAGAAGUGCCCGAAGAGAAAGAAGAAGAGGAGAUUGAGGUGAAAGCACCUCUUAUGCAGCCCGAGGUUCAACCCGAGGCAAUUGUUUCCCCCACGCCGAAAGAGGUUAAAAUUCCUUUUCCUCAAGUGGUGCAAAAGAAGAAGUUGGACGAGAAGCUUGUUAAAUUCCUUGAAAUCUUCAAGAGAGUGCACCUCAAUAUUCCUCUUAUUGAGGCUCUUCAACAAAUGCCCGGCUACCUCAAGUUUUUGAAAUAG